AUGGUUAGAUUUAUCAAUAAAUCUCCAAACAGUUUUGAGAUUUUCACAAAAGCUGCAGCUAAAUUAUCAACUUCUGGGAAUAUCUUCAACUAUGUUAAUGCAGGACAUCACAUGACAACUUAUAAACGUGAUGAUGUUGGCGUAAAAAACUUUUUUGCAGAAAAUGUAACGGACGUUCCAUUGAAUAUUACAACAGAAUCUAUAGAAACGACAGUAUCACCCACACCGACAAUAUCAGAGCUUUGUUUGAACCAUUCACAACUCGUUUCACAGGCGUUACAAAGGCAAGAUUACUGGGCGAUGAGAAUGGUUGACGCUGCAGGUAAGCCAUCUUCCAACAUUCUAAGCGGUGGAUUGAUGUGGUUAGGUAGCUAUGAUGAGUGUUUAGAGAUAAAAGUUGUAGCAGACCACAAUAAUAUCACAUAUAGAUUUGAUGGACAGUAUUGUAAAGUAUACAUAGUACCUCAAGGCGAACUCAGUAAAAUCUUGCCUAAAAUCAAACCAUUUGUCAUUUUUGCUUGUAGUAGUGUGUAUUUGCUCAAUCGUCAUGUUCGUAUGAAUGUUUAUACUUUUCAGGCUCAAUCAGUUAUACAGUUAGGAGUAUGUGUCCCAGAUAGCUGUAGUGCUACAGAUACUUGGCUCCUCGUCAAUAACGUGUUACCUGCCAUUUCUGAUGCACUUUUGGCAUGGCCUGGGGAAUGCAUAGCACCAGAUCAACCAUUCGAUACUAGAGCAAUUAUCGUUCUGGUUGUUCUAUCAGUAUUUAUGGCAGUAAUGGCAAUUGGAACUGCUUAUGAUGUUCUUCUCAUACAAUGGCCAAGAUGGAAGGAGACCAAAACCAUUUCUGAAAAUAGUGAAGAGAUUGCAGUAGAGGUAGAUGAAAAAGCACCAUUAUUAGACAAUCAGAAGAAAAAAAUACCUGAAAAUCAGCCAGGGUUGAUUGGAGAUCUGUUGUUAGCCUUUUCGAUCUAUACUAAUGGAGCUAAACUGUUUAAUACAAAGCAAAAUAAAGACAUACUGACAUGUAUAAAUGGAAUACGAUUUAUUUCCAUGACGUGGGUCAUCCUUGGACAUACAUAUUCAAUGCCUUUACAGAUGUCAGACAACAUGGUGUCUUUCUUCCCUAAGAUGAUAAAACGGUGGACAUUUGGAGCAAUAGCUAAUGCUACAGUAUCUGUGGACACAUUUUUUACUCUCAGUGGAUGUUUAUUAACAUACUUGGUGAUGAAAGAGUUGAAGAAGAAAAAUGGACGACUCAAUUGGGGAAUGUUUUAUUUUCAUCGAUUUUGGAGACUAACCCCACCAUACAUGUUGGUGUUGAUGGUAUACGUGUCUCUGUUCCAUUAUACCGGUAGUGGCCCAAACUGGCCUAACGAUGGACCUGAGAAGAACCACUGUGAGAAAGCGUGGUAUUACAAUCUACUUUAUAUUAACAACUUCUUCGACGAUAAAGAAAACCAGUGUAUGCUGUGGUCUUGGUAUUUGGCCUGUGAUAUGCAGUUCUUUGUAUUAAGUCCAUUGAUUAUACUUCCAUUAUAUUUUUUUCCUAUCGUUGGCUUUGGGAUUAUGAUGGUAUUUCUAUUAGGAACAUGGAUAGCUACUGGUGUAAUUUCUUCCCAUUAUGAAAUAUAUCCGAAAGUUUUCACAGGAGAUGGUACUCAUUUUAAUAAGAUAUACUUUCGAUCCUACUGCAGAAUGGGUCCAUACUUAGUGGGGAUGUUUACCGGAUAUCUGCUUUAUAGGACGAGAUGUAACAUUCGUAUUAGCAAGUAUUGGAAUUUACUGGGCUGGGGUAUAGCUACCGGGGUGUCUCUGGCGGUACUGUACGGAUUGUAUGAUGAUAUGAACGGUGAACGGCUAUCUACAGAAAUGUCAGCUCUAUACAAUACAGUCCACAGAACCGUCUGGGGUGCGUGUGUAGCAUGGGUUAUAUUUGCCUGUGCAACUGGUUAUGGAGGAUUUGUUAACGUCAUACUAUCAUGGAAGGGUUUUAUACCACUAAGCAGACUGACUUACAUGGCAUACCUUGUACAUAUUAUCAUCAUGAUGCAUUAUAUCAUGUCCUACCAGAGAAUGUUUCAUUUGACUGACAGUGAAUAUCCCCCUAGUCCCCAUAGAAAAAAACAAGACAUAACUACACACUACCAAAUUUAUCAAUUCCUUGGUAAUUUAGGUUUGUCAUAUAUGGCAGCUUUUGUGACAACGCUGGCAUUUGAAUCACCAAUGAUGGGACUAGAAAGAGUCAUUUUUAAGAAAGAAGAACGGAAACGAUAAUCGACAACAUG